AUGAGUGUUUGUCUCAUGCCUCCUCAAAACAUCCAAUCUGCCAAAACCCUUCCCGCAGACCCUACACGUAUACGGCCUCUGCUUAGUAUGCACAGAUCUGACAUGGCGCGCAAGAUGCUCCGUACGAUGAUAGCGGCGUCGACAUCUGGAACACUGGUAGAGAGCCUGUUCCUCACCCCCUACUUCCCUGCCAGUUAUCAUCGUUUAUCUUCUUCGAAAUCGGCAAGGAAAAUGGUCCAGUCUAGUUGGGAUAUAGACCCCUGUCGUUGGUUGAUUGACGGAGACCAAGGUUCGCAAACGUGA